ACUUUUUAUUGGAUCCUUCUGCUGUCGGUCAGCCUGAAAGCACCAAAAGGGGCGGGAAAUUUGGUACUGGUGGAGCGUUUUCGGCUGUUCCAGUAGCAGAUUGAUUAACAAAAUUGUUCAUCGAUUAUAGCAGCUAGCGACACUUUUUCAGAGUAUUGUGAAGGGAAAUGCACGAUAUAUGGCUGAGGGAGAACUAUACAAGUUAUGUAGGUUGAUGAACCUCUGAACAUGAUCCAUCAAUCAACAUUGGUGUAGUUGCCUACAUAGAACGUUGCUUUGCAUCACCAUGUAGCUUCGCAUGGGUGGCCUGGAACGUCGCAGGCGUUUCUGAAGACAUCUUGAAUCAGCUAAAAGAGGACACCAGGAUGAGUAAUCAAGAGAAGAUGGAAUUGGACCUCGAAAUCCCAUCUUCACUAGUUCAGAGUGACGGACAACUGAGACGUUCCAACAGUGCCCCAAUGAUAAAUGGCCUAAGUGAACAUUCCCAGGUGUUCCAGAGUGAGAUUCUAUGCAGCAGGAGAAACAGCACCACUGUUGUCAACCGCCCUAAUAUAGUCCCUUCAUCGCCCAUUCGCGUCCCCAGCACUAGGCUUCAUCAGCUCAAACAGGAGGAAGGUGUAGAUUUGAUGAACAGAGAGACUGCCCAUGAACGGGAGGUUCAAGCAGCUAUGCAGAUGAGCCAGUCCUGGGAGGAGAGUCUGAGCCUGGUGAGAAAUGAUAACGCUCCCAUGGUAACAAGGAGAUUUCCUCUUCCACAAACAAGCGACAAUGACUUUGAGAAAUCUGCAUCGUCGUCUCCAAAGCGGAUUGACUUUAUGCCCGUGUCCCCUGCCCCAUCCCCUACUAGAGGGAUAGGGAAAAAGCAGUGCUUCUCCCCUUCAUUGCAAAUCCUGGUGAGCAGCCACGGUCUAUCCCCCAGCCCUAUCCCUAGCCCAACGCGACGCUUCAGCCGGCGGAGCCAAAGCCCCAUUCACUGCAUCAGGCCCAGCAUCCUGGGGCCCAUCAAACGUAAAGGGGAGAUGAUGGAGACUGAGAGCCAGCCAAAGAGGCUCUUCCAGGGGACCACCACAAUUCUGUCCUCUGAUGUACUUGCGCCCCAAGUCCAACUGCCAGAAUUCACCUCCUGUCUCUCUCUGCCAGACGUGCUGGACGGCAGCCUCAGCAGUGUGGGUUCUUCCACUGGCUCGCCAUCUAAGAUGGAGGGCAUCUCUGAGUCUCCUUCCUCCAGUAACUCUCCCUUCAACCCCCUCCAGGACCACUCCCCAAAAUGAACAAGGGAACAUGAGAGACUAAACAAGAGUGAAGGCACGAAAGCCACCUCAACUGUACGACACCCCCCCCCCAAUCACUUUGCUUUAGCUAAUGUGGGAAUCCCUUCCCAUGCUGUUUGCUAGGGGAGGAGAGUCUUGGUGUGUUUGCAUUGAAAGGAAACCAAAGCCCUGGAUGUGAGCUGUGGACACACCAUGCUGUAGUAGACUAGUGCGACGCUAUGAGAACAGUAGCUAGAUAUGGAUCCUUUACAUGGUGCUGCUUAGCCCCACAGUGACCAGAACAGCCAAGUUGUCUACCCUGCAUCACAUUCACUGUCAGCUUCCAGCCCCAUCCCCUACUUUCUUUUCCAUCUUCACACUGGUGGGACUAAGCACUGGAUGGAGAAAGUCACUCACUAAGUCAGUUUUCCUGUUUUCUCUAUAGAAAACUAAUUCUCCAGGUGUUUUUGGUGUGAUCAAACUGUCCGCAGGGCUUGUAUGAAUGAAAGGAUAUAACUUAUUGUUGUUCUUGUUUGUAAGUCUGUAUAUAAUUUUUCAUGUCAAUGUGUCAUUUGUUUUAUGUUUGUGAUUGGCUGAGUGAUGAAUGCGGACACAGGGCUUCAACAGUGAACUGACAAUUCUCUCGAGGGGAUUGGAAAUGUUACUACUUGUCCUUACACUGAAAGAACAGUUUUCAGUUUAUAUCCUCAGUAGUCACCAAGAUGUGGGGCUAUCAUUUUAGUGGGGGCGGGUGGGGGGUUCACAGUCUUGAUUUGAACACUACAGACUGGGGUCUCUGAAUCCUACUGCCUGGAUGUAUCUGGAGACCUGCAGGAUGUGCAACUAAAUUUACUUUUUACUUCUGACGCUUUUAGGAAAAUAAUUUGUGUUCUUGUUUGAAGUCACUUUGUAAAUGUAACAGACUUUUUAUUUUAUUUUUUAGGCUACAUUAUUGCGUUUUUAUAUUGAACAGAAUAGCUCACCGUAUUCUCAAUACUCUGAAAUUAAAACAAUAGAUUGGUUUAGGAUGAGCACACUGAGGUAGAGGACAGAACAUGGUGCCAUUUCAAAAGGGAUUCAGUGAGUGGGCUUAUGUCUGUCUACUGUGGUCAACAUUUGUCCUAAAAGCUUUUAGUGUAGGAUGUGUCACUGGAUUGGUUGGUUAUGAAUAACAUUUGCAAUACCAAAUAGUUAUCAGGGGAACUGAGAAGGCAAACUUCAGUGAUUCACAAAUUCAUUUUAAGGCCGCUGUAAAACGUUUGGGGUAAGUAAUUUCAGUUCAACUCUCAAAUUUGAUAUUUUCCCCUCGUUCAGGGUAUGGCGUCUUUACGAAGGGAGUGGGAGACUUCAUGUACAAGAGUGAUUAUAAAUCUUCGACAUAUGUAAAUUAAACGGCGUUUAUGAAUACUGAAUGUCUUUAAGAAACUGCAAGCUGGUUGAUCAGGUGUGCGUGCACUGCUGUCAAUGUAAUUUGUGUAAUUUUUUUACAUUUUUGAUUAUAUCCUGUUCAUUUUUCAAUUAGUCUGAAUGUCUAGGGCAUAAGAUAAAUUAAGUGUAUAUGGGCGGGUGGUAGACUUGUUAGACUGCUUGCCAAAGGUUCCCCCCCCCCCCCCUGCGCCUUUUAAUUUGACCACGAGGGUAAAUAAAUUAUAUUUCCAUUCAAUGA